AUUGUGAAGAGUGAAGAUAGGCCUAGCCUUCCUUGCCUCUAGCCUAGACGACAACAAAUCACUUCGAGAAAACACCCUUUUCACCCUCAGGCCUUCAGGGAAGCAGGAGGAGAUGAAUGAAGUGAACUGCAACUACGACGCCAUCCUUCAUUUUGUUUUUCUGUAGGUCCAAUAGCCAUGGAUGGUUGUGUACUCGUUAACAACAUUGACAGAACUGACCGUCUCCAGUCAAUCGUAAUACAAGAUUUGAGAGUUUUGGGACUAAAGCUACCGAAACCCAAGAAACUAAAGAAGCUGAACCAGUCUCGUUGCGUAUCACAGGAUGAUCUGCCAAAAGAUAAAGUGUUUGGAGAGAGUUUGAGCGUUAUUCCAGGUAGCUUCAUUCCAGAAUAUGGAUAUGUUCCACAGUUUUUAAUAGAUGCUGCAAAAAUUAUUGAUGCAAAUUUGGACAGUGAAGGUAUCUUUCGCAAAUCUGGUGCAGUUAGCAGACAGAAAGAGCUGAAGGUAGCUAUUGAAGAUGGCAGGCCUUUUGCCGAUGCGAACAUAUUUGAUGUUGCUGUGCUGAUCAAGCAAUUCUUCCGAGAGUUGCCAGAGCCUUUGUUUGUCUCACACCUGACAGAUGUUUUUGUCAAGUGUUACCAGCUGCCCCCGGACAAGGAUCCAAAAAGAGCACUACUGCGCCUUUGCCUGCUACUUCCAACAGAGAACAUUGGGGCUCUCCGCCAUCUUUUACACAUGCUGAGCCGUGUGGCAGCAAAUGCAGAGAAAAACAAAAUGACCGCUAAUAAUUUAGCUGUGGUGAUGGCGCCUAAUUUAAUGCACGGCAACAAAGGUGGCCAGAUGCAAAAAAUGAAUGCUGCUGAAGAAAAGCUACUGAACAUCAAAACAUGCAUAGUAGAAUUGCUCAUCCGUAACUGUGAUCAAGUUGGAAUGGUUGAAGUUGGUUUUCAAAACCAGCUGAAGCUGAUGGCCGAAUAUUAUCCCACGGACGAUGAGCUGGAUGCCAGUGAUGACAACAUGCUCGAAGAGUCCAAGGACAUUGCUCUCAAGAAGAAAAGAAGGCGAAGUAGUUCUCUCUCUGUUAUCUGCUCCCUCACAGGUCUGGUCAACUCAAUUGCUAACAAGUUUCGGAGGAGCACGGAUGGGAAGAGCAUCAACAUGUCCUCCGCCAGUACCUUCCACGGGGAGAUGUCUCUAGCCUCAAACACAUCCAUGGAUGCCAGCCGGAUGCUGGAAGAAUCUUCUGCCAAUUUGACAACUCCUCACAUCAGGAAAAGGCGUGCUUCAGGGGAUACUGUUCCUUUCUCUGCCACCAAAAAAAAAAAUAUUUUGGGAAACCUGCCCCAAAGAUCGGCCCUUGCGUCUACACCUUUUACACCAGCGUCCGCAGUGAAACGACCACCAACCCUUGAUGAGAGCAGUUUUCUUGAUGUUUCUCGUGCACCAUAUCUGAACUCGACCACACCUGUCAGUGGAUCAAAGGCCUCCCGUAAAAAAAUUAAUCUCUUCAGCUCUCCUGCAAGCAGUAAAAGGUUGAAAGGGCAACUAGUUGAAAGCAGAGGUCUGUCCCCGACACCCAAGGGCAAGAGAGGUUUUUUCGGCCGUUUGGGUGGCCGAUCUGAGAAAGAGAGCCAUGACAGUCUUGGGGCACGUCUUUCAUUGAGUGGAACCUCGAAGCCAGCAGAUCGAGACGUAGGAAUCACGCACAGUGUGUCCUCUCCGUCUCUCCGUGAGGAAGCUCUUGCUGCAGGCAAAAGUUCUUCAGACUCGGACCUGCGAGAGUCAAACGGUACUCACACUAUUAGUGGUGCAAGUGAGGCUGGGGUAACAAGAAGAUCAACUGGUCAUUCGAUUCCCUUGGAAAGACAGAGUGCCAGAAGAGGUCUGAUGAGCGGUGCAGGGAGCAGUGGACUUAAGACUGACCUCUUGAAGCACAGGAAAAUGGUGGGCAGAGUUAGCAUUGGAGAACCGUGCCCCGUGAUUGUUCCUGUGGUUCCCGACGCGAUUGACAUACAAGCUGACACUGAGCUGAGGAGAAGCAGACGCGAUGAGUACGAUCUAGGGAUGAAUAAAAAGGGCAAAGGGAAAAAUUCAAAAUCCACAGAAGACGUAGAACUGAAUGGUCUGAAUGAUUUAAAUAAGAGUGGGCCCUCUAAUAUGGACACCAAUUUAUUAGAUAUAAUAAUACCCCCACCUGUUGGGUUUGGUGAUGGUCCUGCAGAGGAGGAAAAAGUUCAAAUCAUCCGGGACGGGAAUGAGGACAUGGAAGUUAAUAUUGAGUCAGACGAGGAAUCCUUGGCUGGGUUUUCCACAAUCUCCGGGGGCACUGUCAUGAGGAGGACUGAGUCGGGCAGGUAUUCGGCUCUUGGAGUUCGCUCGACCUCUGGUUCGUCCAUUGUUAGUUCUGUGUCCGAUCCUGGACUGGCCCCAUCUGCAGUCAAGGGUGAGGGCUCUGAGAGGAGUCAAAGUUCACUCGACGGGGCCAAUUUUUGUAAACCAAUGGCUUUAACAGCUGGAUCCAGCCAUGGCCACCCUUCUCUCAAGAGGGCCACCCGGUUCAAUGAGAGCCAACCAGAUGAUGUCUACGUGACCCUUACAGGUGUUCAAAGUGCACUGGAAGAGGAAAAACGACAUCAGAACGUGGAGGGAGAUUACGUUGUGCUGCGACCUCAUAAAAGACAAACUGAUAAGAGUGGACCAGGAAUGAGGCUACUUUCUGACAACUAUGGUUCCGAAGAAUCAUCAUCAGCAUCGUCUGUACCAGCAAUCGAUCAGCUCAAAGGGGAUGAGGAGAACUUAAGUGAAUGCAAAUCUCUGGCCAACAUUCCUGAUAAGAUAAAUGUCCAUCGGAAGAAAUCGGUGUCUGCUGAAGAUCUACAAACUGCUCCAAGAGUUGCAACCCCAGUUCGAGCAAAUAGUCUGCACGCGUUGUCUCCUGCAGGUAAAAAGUUUAACUAUAAACCUUAUUUACAGAUCAGUCGGGACACCCACAAAUUGUUGGCCAGGGCCGGUUUCAUGGCCCCACAAGCUGACUUGGCACCUUUGUCUACGGAUGUUGCUGUACCAGUAAGAUCUCCCAAACGCUCGGCCCACAGAGAGGAGAUGAAGAAUACACUCCGUGCUAGCUUCUACGAGAAGCGGCGAAGUCUCAGCUCGUCAUUCCGUCACAGCACAAGGAGCAGCAGGUCUGAUGUCAGUCAAGACACUGCCAACAGAAGCAGUAGCGCGUCAAACAUGAGUCAGAUCUCUUCUGACUGGGAUGGAUUGUCCCUCGACAGUCACGUUUUUGCUGAUGAAUCCCAGCUUGAGUUGCAGGUAGAGGAGCAAUCAGAGCCUACUGAAAUUGGCCACAAAGUUUCAGAGUAUUCAUCAAAGAUGGAGGUUAGUGUGCUUGAGCAAAAAAGCGGUGAUGAAGUUAUGCAGGAUGACUGUCAGCAGGAUGAUGUGGUGGGGAAAGGAGACGAGGUUAAAAACGACAUUACUGAUGCCGCCACUUGUGAAAACGGCAAUGUUCCAACAGUUCAAGCUAAUAGCAGUGAUGAACAAUCAGAGGGUGCCAGUGCCACUGAUGAUUCAGUGGCAGAGUUCAAAAGACCCUUGACAUCCAGACACGGAAAACUAAGUGAAAGCGACAAAUCUAUGACCUUGAGUGGCAUUUUGGACAAGUCCCUAGCUGAACAUGGCCCAAUGAGGAUCAAGAGGGCUAAGAUAGCUCUUCAGAAGCAUGACAGCAUUUUGGACAUUUCAGAGCGCAAAGCAGGCUCUGUGGCUGAAAGUGUCAAACAUUUCUCCCAGCCACAGCCCCAGUCUUCUAGCACCCGCAAGGCGGCCAGACACAGAAGGGCUUCGUCUCCUGUUCGCAUUCCUACUAUAUUUGCUAAAAACGAGGAAAAAGCUCGGCAGUAUAGAGAAAUUGCCAGCUUUGCCAGAGAACGGUCCACCUCCAGAAGUGAGAGGGCCUCAUUUUCCUCAAACUCCCCCCAAGAUGAUUCAGAUCCAGAGUCUGAGGCCUAUGGCUCUGAAGGAAAUAUCACAGUCAUGGAAGUGAAGGGAGCAGCAUCUGAGUCGUCCUCUGACCAGGGUGAAAAUUCGCCGGAUUCUGACAGUAUUUCCAAUGAUACGGAAGCUCUGAAUAGCGAAGCCCAUCAUAAAUUCCAAUUCCAAGACCGUCAUCAACAGUCGUCCAAAAAGAAGAAAUUGUCAGCCCUUGGUUCAGCUUCCUCACCAUCUUUCCAGUCUCCAUCUAAGAGGCAGCGCAUCGAACUGAGUGACUCGCUGAUGGAAACCAUCAAUGCUGUGACAACGCCGGAGUCCGAGAAGUUUCUGAAGGCCGGGGAUCAUCUCAAGUCUCCACUGAAGUCACCUCUGCAAGAGUCCACCAACACCGCAGACUCAAUGCCGAGCAGUCCAUCUGCAUCCAAGAGUCGAGAUCCAGAAGAAAGUGUAAAGCCAAAAAGCCUGGCUGGUCACACGCCUCUCAGGGUCCAGUUUGCCAUGGAUCAAGCAAGCACGUCCAACCCAGGCCAUCCCCAGACACUACACCCAGUGAAGAAGGCGAAGAAUGGCAUGCUAUCUCCUCGUAAGAAUGCUCCCCGCUCCCCAAGGUCUCAGGUACGCCGCUCGCCACGUCAUUCCCCACGUCGCUCGCCUCGCCACUCUCCGCGCCACCCAGCGUCACAGUCACAGCAAGAUAAUGGCACUGGAAUGUCUUUUUCAUCUGUAUGGCUAAAGCUUGAUGGAGAAGAAGAAAGUAAUUCCUAGAAAAACAUUUUUAUCUUAUUUGGAAUCCAAAUGAGUGAUUUCCGUAGAUUUUUUUUUCCUUAAUUUUAGCUUAAGGACAAUGAUUUAUUUUAUUGCUGGGUAAUGAUAAUGUGUUCUUGUAAAUAUCCUUGCUUCUUAUUUGUGACAUUGAAAGCUCAAGAUAAUCCUAAACAUAUCUGAUGUUGGGUGUCUCUAUGUACCACGUAUGUAAUUUUACUUGAUUUCCAGGUGGUGCUAUAAUGCAUAAAGAUUUUCAUCUCCUCACUUAUCUCUUCUCUCUCUUUCUGUCUGUUUGUCUGUCUGUCUGUCUGUUUGUCUCUCUUUCUCUCUUUCUCUCUC